CGUACGUUGUCAUUUGUUUUCACUCAGGCCGAUUUCACGCUUAGCCAGGCUAGUUCCACUUUAUUUUGCUGUCACCAUGCCGUACUUUGCUGUCUACCUUAGCACAGAGGAGCAGUUACGCCUCAACAAAGUAGCCAAUGAAAUCGUGGCUCCUGGGCGAGGUCUCUUGGCAGCUGAUGAAAAAGCAGAAUCCAUGGGACGCCGUUUUGCACCUAUAGGAGUUGAGAACACGGAAGACAAUCGGCGGCGUUAUCGUGACAUGUUAUUUUCAGUGGAUGGAGAAGUUUCAAAGUACAUAGGCGGUAUUAUCCUUACCCAUGAGGCAUUUUACCAGAAGAACUCAGCGGGUGUCCCAUUUCACAAGGUCAUUAAGGACAAAGGGAUCAAAGUUGGAGUCACACCAGAUAAAGGAAUGGUCCCUUUGGCUGGAUUUGACGGGGAAACAACAACACAAGGCCUGGAUGGUUUGUCUGAGCGCCUGGCACAGUACCGUAAGGAUGGGGCAGAGUUCUGUAAGUGGUACUGUGGCAUAAAGAUGGGUCCUAACACACCUACUGAGAAGGCCAUCUGGGAAAAUGCUAAUGUUACAGCCAGAUAUGCCUCAAUAUGUCAGCAGAACGGCCUUGUUCCUAUUGUGGAGCCAGCAGUGGACUGUAAUGGUGAUCAUGACCUGGACGGCCAGGCUGUUACAGAGCAGGUCAUGGCAACAUUUUACAAAACUCUGAAGGACCACCAUGUGUUUGUGGAGGGGACACUGCUGAAGCCCAGUAUGGUGGUACCUGGGCUCUCCUGCCCUAAGAGUUACACCCCAGAGGAUAUCGGCAAGGCCACGGUCACGGCGUUUAGUCGCAGUGCUCCUGUGGCUGUACCAGGAAUUGCCUUUCUCUCUGGUGGACUUUCAGAGUCCAUCUGCACUGUUUACCUAAACGCCAUCAACAAGAUACCCGGCAAACGACCUUGGCCUUUGACCUUUUGCUUUGGGCGUGCCCUUCAGGGGAGUGUUCUCACCCAGUGGCAUGGUCAGGAUGACAACAGACAACCUGCUCAGGCACAGUUCCUGAAGCUGGCAAAGGCAAACAGUGAAGCCUCUCUGGGAAAGUUUGAAGGUGAUCAGUGAUGCGCCAGUCAUUACGAUUACUUGUAAGAGAAUAAAAUAGCCAAAUAUGUGCAAAGUUUAUAUACAAUCUAUUAAAUUGUGCGCCCAACAAUCUGUGAUAUUCAGCGUGUCGAUUGGAAUAUGUGAUACAGGUGAUCUGAAACUGGUGAUACAAUGUAUAUUUGCUGUUUCAUAUAUUGGGUGACAUAUGACCAGUCACUGUUAUUUUUCAUUGAAGUGUCUCACCCUGGUUUUUGGAACCAUAUGUAUGCAUGAAGCAAGUGGCAACAAAGGUCUUCAGUUUUUUUUUGUUUUUUAAAUUGGUUAAUAACUGAUGUAAUUUCAGUAUUACAUGAAGAUAAAGUUAAAACUUCAUAACAUUCCAUUUUACUCCAAAUUGCAAGGUUUGUAAUUAUGAAAUAUCAAUGAAGAAAUUUGGCUUUGCCAAAUUGUCAGCUGUGUUUAUGCAUAUUUUUUUUUUUAAAUUAUGGCUCUAUGGUAUCAGGGCUAAUACUGAAGGUGACUGCACAUUUACAUACUUGUAUACACUAGACUGAGCAUUUAAUGUAAAACCCAUAAAACUGAAGGCCGUGCUGUCAAUGAAAACUAUGUUGCUUUACUUUACCAAAGGUGGCCUCCGUGGCUCAGUUGGCUAGCGCUCCAGCACAGCUUAAUGACUCAGGAGCACCUCACCAAUGCGGUCGUUGUGAGUUCAAGUCCAGCUCAUGCUGGCUUCCUCUCCGGCCGUACGUGGGAUGGUCAUGAGUUUCCCCAGGGCUCUGCCAGGUUUCCUCCCACUAUAAUGCUGGCCGCCGUCGUAUAAGUGAAAUAUUCUUGAGUACGGUAUAAAACACCGAUGAAUUAGAUAAAUCAAAUUAAUCUACUAAAAUUACAUCAAAGAAAUCAUCCUUCGAACUGCAAUUUUCAGAUGCAUAUUGUCAUGUCAAUAAACAACUCAAAAGACAUGGCUCAGGUUUGUACCCAAAAUAUUCUUUGAGAAAAUAUAACGUAUCUUGCGUUAAAAAAUUUCUACUAAAUACUCUGAGGCUGUCGUUAACAGAGAAACUCACAGAAUCAACACACAUGCGAAUGUCACGCUAUUAUCCAGUCAACUUAGAAAUAGUCGGAUGUGUGAUCUUGCAGUUACUCCAUGCUCAACUAGAACUUACUUGGUUCCUUAGGUUUGGAUAACUCUUCAGUGACCCUACACCACAUUGCUGUAUGAGAGGUCACCUAAUUCAUAGAAAUAUAUAUAGGUAAGAAAAGAAUUGAAUUAAAGGAUUUGGAUAAUCCUGUCAAAAUUUAUAGGUGCAACUAUAUAGUUUGUUGCCAUUGUUUAAAAAGGGAAGGAUAUAAUGAUUCUGUAGUGCACAUAGAAUAACGACAUAA